AUGCAAAUUUUCGUUAAGACCUUGACAGGCAAGACCAUCACCCUCGAGGUUGAGUCCUCCGACACCAUCGACAAUGUCAAAUCUAAGAUCCAGGACAAGGAGGGUAUUCCUCCAGACCAGCAAAGAUUGAUUUUCGCUGGUAAGCAACUUGAGGAUGGCAGAACCCUUUCCGACUACAACAUCCAGAAGGAAUCCACUCUUCACUUGGUCCUCAGAUUGAGAGGUGGUAUGCAAAUUUUCGUCAAGACCUUGACCGGUAAGACUAUCACUUUGGAAGUCGAGUCUUCCGACACCAUCGACAACGUCAAGUCUAAGAUUCAGGAUAAGGAGGGUAUUCCACCAGACCAGCAGAGAUUGAUCUUUGCCGGUAAGCAGUUGGAAGACGGUAGAACCUUGUCCGACUACAACAUCCAAAAAGAGUCCACUCUUCACUUGGUCCUCAGAUUGAGAGGUGGUAUGCAAAUUUUCGUCAAGACCUUGACCGGUAAGACUAUCACUUUGGAAGUCGAGUCUUCCGACACCAUCGACAACGUUAAGUCCAAGAUCCAGGACAAGGAGGGUAUCCCACCAGACCAGCAAAGAUUGAUUUUCGCUGGUAAGCAGCUCGAGGACGGUAGAACUCUCUCGGACUACAACAUCCAGAAGGAGUCGACUCUCCACUUGGUUCUUAGAUUGAGAGGUGGUAUGCAAAUCUUUGUUAAGACCUUGACCGGUAAGACCAUCACUUUGGAAGUUGAAUCUUCUGACACUAUCGACAACGUCAAGUCCAAGAUUCAGGACAAAGAAGGUAUUCCCCCAGACCAGCAGAGAUUGAUUUUCGCUGGUAAGCAAUUGGAAGAUGGUAGAACUUUGUCUGACUACAACAUUCAGAAGGAAUCUACCCUUCACUUGGUUCUUAGAUUGAGAGGUGGUAUGCAGAUCUUCGUCAAGACAUUGACUGGUAAGACAAUUACCCUUGAGGUUGAGUCCUCCGAUACUAUUGACAAUGUCAAGUCCAAGAUUCAGGACAAGGAGGGCAUCCCACCUGACCAGCAGAGAUUGAUCUUCGCUGGUAAGCAAUUGGAAGAUGGCAGGACCCUCUCUGACUACAACAUCCAGAAGGAAUCUACUCUUCACUUGGUGUUGAGAUUGAGAGGUGGUCAGUGA